CAACUCUUGGCUAUCUGAUAUAAUAUCGCAACAAUCCCAACUCGAUUCAAUCCCAUUCGAUAAUGACAGAUGCACCACAGCCAUCCGACGAGGAAAUCAUCGAUGCGGUGCGCGUUCUUCACGAGCAAGACCCCGCAUUAGGGCGUAGCAAAGUACUUGUUCAAUUGAAAGCGGACCACGGCUGGGUCUUGUCAGACAAACGGCUCAAGAAGCUGCUCACGCAAUAUGAUUUGAAGCGUGUAGCGGAGCAACCCAAAGAACUCCCGCCCAUACAGUUUCCUGAAGACGCGUUGGCGGCUCAACAGCGCUACAAAGACGAAAGUAUUCGCUGUUUCAAGCUGUAUGGGAGAGGCGAGUACGACUAUGGCGUUACGCCGAAUGCGGAUCAGAGCAUGUUGGUUGGAAUCUGCCACAUCAGGCUCUGCAAACUCGGCGCUCCAGGACCCUAUCAGAACACAACCCCCGAGGCCGUAGCGAAAAGUCCGGAGAUGCAAACGCUAUGGGACUACUACUGGUCUGCGGCGCAGAAAGUCCAUCUUACCAAGGAAGACAUAGGACGCCAGCUGGAGGCCGAGUAUGGAGUGAAUCCAGGGCCAUACAUUCCGACGUUGUCCAAAGAAGAGUUGACACGUCGCAAAGCGAUCUUCAAGAAGAACUCCAUGGACCUCAAGCGCGCGAUGCUCAAGUCGGCUGAAGGUAGAAAGGUCAUUCCUGUUGAUGAUGAUGGGGAGCCGCUUUGGGAUGAUGCGGUGAAUGGGCAGUUUGUGGUUCUUGUUGACAAGAUCAACAAGGGAGAUGGUUUGACUGAAUACGGGCGGGUCUGAGGGGUUCCUGGGCAUGGACUGAAAAUCUGGAUUGCAGUUAACGAAAACAGACGAAAGGUCGUCCUGUAUUUUGGUAUCGUUUGGGUUUGAUGACGAGCUAGGUUGAAGGUUUCGGAGCAUCAAUAUUAAAACUUCACGAAUCCAACUGGUGGCUAUGUGGACUGGCGAAUCCGGGACAAGUUUUGCUCCACAGGGCAGAAGGAUCACAUUCCUGAUCCUUCGAUGGCUCGGCUAUCUCGCUACCUGUUCUUUGGUUUUUCCACGUCUUGUCAUCUCUCACUCUAUCCAACCUACUUCGUUCAACCACUCACCAUGCUCCCGACGAAUUGCG